AUGGCAUUUAUUUCAGUGGCUCCCCAAGAGGUGGAGGAGUUAAAAGUCGCCGCAGUUUCAAUAGUCCUUCUGGUAUGGGCCUCCAAAAUCCAAAAUCCUCUCUCUGUAGUCAUUAUCAAUGUGUAUUGUAAAUGUCUUCACUACAUUCACAUGAAGGGGGAAAAACUGCCAACCUUAUUACCGGAAACAUUGGUUGAACAACCCGGUAAGGGAGAGGAGUUUAUUCUAAGCGAAUCCUUGAUCGCUGUUAUUGCAUCGCCCCUAAAUGAAUGGCAUCGGGAUUCGGCUAUUGACGGGUGUCCGCUGCGGAUGGCUGAGUCUUCUGGGGUUCAUGACCGAGGAAUGAUUGAAAUCACGUCGGCAUUCGGCGACUACUGCAAUGUCGAUCAGUGGUAUCGCGACGUCCAGAUGAAACAGCACAAAAUCGACUGA